CUGCUGACAUUCUGAUGUGUGUCUUAUUUUGUUUCAUCUGUGAAAAGAGAAGAAAAAGUGGAUCAAAGGCCCCAUGGGAUCUGUCUGCUUUGAUUCAGGGAUAAAGCCUUAGAAUAAAAGUCCUAACUGAUCCUGAAAUGCCUUAAGGCUGCAGAAGCUUUUCAGAAAAAAAAGUGUAAAAAGCAUAUUGUGAUGUGUUUAUUUUUCAUCAGGGGAGAAGAGGUCAUGGGAGGAAACUGCUUCAAUCAGGAACUGGAGGAAAUUAUCAGAACGGUUCUUGGCAACCUGGACAGUCUCCAACCCUUCUUUAGUGCCCACUUCAAUAUCUUCCCCUAUAAGAAGCGGUGGGAAGGGGCGCGUCAGGUGGUGCCCAAACACGGUGACAGGAAGCUGGCAGCCUACCCCUACUGCCUGACCCUCUACCUGGAGAAAAACAUGCAGCAUGAGGAAGCAAAGCAAGCAGAGGAGAAGCUGAGCUCAGAGAAAGACGCUGCUGUUUCUGAGCCCCGGUCAAAGCGCUAUAGAAGAUGUUCACCACUAGAGGAGGCCAUACUAAAGGACUUCAACCAGGAUUUUGAGACUAAAAGCAAGGCUUCUGCGGUCGGCAGGCUCUCUCUGGAUCGUCCACAUACACUCAGAGAUGCAAAAGAAGAUGCAGGAUGCUUUGAUGAGAAAGACGCACCGCAGCAGAAACCAGGUGUCACAGUGAGAGGAAGUGGGACUCCAGGUGAUGUGCAUUCUGGGACAAUAGAGCCCAUGGAAGAGGAUGAGGAAGAAGAUGAAGAAGAAGAUGAAGAGUCUCACCCUGGGACCCCUGAGAGGGCAGGCAUUCUGAGUCGACUAGCCAGCCAUGUCUUCCCCUUCUCCCUGCUCUUUGGAGACCCCUGAGGGCCACGGCACGGAGACAGGAGCUGUUACUGGGGAAUGAAGCGGAAACUCGCCGGGGUUUGUUUAGUUCAUGUUCUGCACAGAGAACUCAGGAUUUGUUUUUUCAGGAACAUUUUAAUAGACCUGUUUGUCUCCCUGUAUCCUCUUUUAAGAAUCUGUUAUAUAAGGGUCAUUAUUCAUUAUUCCUAUUGUUCAGACUUAUGUAAGAUUUUCUAAUUUAUUUAUAUAUCUUAAGUAUAUUUUAAUAAAACUAUUACGUGCAGAGUUCUUUAUGUGAGUUUUCUG